GGCCUUAAUUGUUUGUUUCCCAGCCCAGGAUGAAGGCAGUCCAGUUUUGCUUCCUUUUCUGUUGCUGGAAAGCAAUCCUCUGCAAUAGCUGUGAGCUGACCAACAUCACCAUCGUAGUGGAGAAAGACGAGUGUCGUUUCUGCAUAAGCAUCAACACCACUUGGUGUGCGGGCUACUGCUACACCAGGGACCUGGUGUUUAAGGAUCCAGUCAGGCCCAACAUCCAGAAAACAUGUACCUUCAAGGAGCUGGUAUAUGAGACUGUGAGAAUGCCUGGCUGUGCUCACCAUGCAGACUCCCUGUAUACGUACCCAGUGGCCACCGAAUGUCACUGUGGCAAGUGUGACAGCGACAGCACUGACUGCACUGUGCGAGGCCUGGGUCCCAGCUACUGCUCCUUCAGUGAAAUGAAAGAAUAAAGAACAGCAGACAUUUCUGGCCACCAAUCCCUUUCCUGAAGGGACCAAGUUAUCCAAAAAGUCUGUGUGUGUGCAAUGUGCUCAGG